AUGAAAAAUAAACUUGAUAAAGAUUCUAAGUAAGAUAUAAAACAUUAAAUCACUUAUUUUCAAGAAGUUAAAAAUAUAGUCUAAAAAUCAAAAUCAAAAUAGUAAUCAAGACAGUUUGAUGAGAUUACAUUUUUGAAUUAUUUAGAAAACUAUAACCCAAUUAAUUAAUCAUCUGAGAGUGAUUAGUGUGAUGAAAACCUAUACAAUGAAAAUGAAAUAUAAAAUGAUGAAAAUUUAGAAUAAAAAGUUUAAAGUGAUGCGGAUAGCCAAGACGAUUAGUAGUUAGACUAAGAGAAUUUAAGUGAUGAUUAAAAUGAUAGUGCUUAAAAUGAUUAAAAAGAUUGUGAAUAAGAAUUAACUUAGGAAUAAAUGAAUUAAAAUAUAGAGCAUUAAAAUAAUAUGUAAAAGUAACAAGAUAAAUAAAUCAGUGAUCUUAAAUAAAAAAUUACCUUCUACUAAUUUAUGAAAUAAUAAAUUUUAAAUAUUCUGCAAAAAAAUGAUCAAGAUAUCACUAAUUUAAAGCCUAUUACUGCAGCUGAUUUUACUAAUGAAGAGACUUAUCCAGAAAAUUAAAUGAGUAUUGAUUCAGAGUUAAGCAAUUAAAGAUUUAAGACAAUGUCUUUAAUUAAUAGAUUUUUUUCAAAAUAUUAGCAUUAAUUAAAUUUAGAAUACUAAGAAAAACUAAAUAAUAUUUCCUCUUCUAGUUUAGAGUAAGGUUUUGAAAACUCAAAAAUUAAAAGAAAAAAUGUUUACCCUUUUUACUUUUCAAGUUAAGAGAUCCAAAUUUUGAACUAUUUUGAAUUUAGUCCUAAUUCAGUUUAAAAACCAGACUCAUUUAAAAAGAAUCUACAAUAAAAACUAAGUGAAGAAAAAAGAUUAAACUUUAUUAAUCUUCAAUUUAACAAAGGCGUAGAUAAAAAGCUAAUUCAAAAAAUAGAAGAUAAUGAAUUAAUAUUAGACUUAAUUCCUUCAACUAUCUUCACAAAAGUUAUAGAUUUGAAUAUAAGCACAAAUAAUCUUCUAAGUAUUUUGCUUGCUGCUAAAUGCUUAUCUUAAAUAAGCAAUUUUAAUGUACUAAAUAUUGAAGGAGAUAAUGCUAGUAUGGAUCAAAAAAAUAAAUCUAAUUAUCAUAACUACUUAAGGCUUGUAUUUGAUUCUAUUCUAUAGUAGAGAGCCCUACAAUCUUUAUCCUUAUUCAAUAUCCCUUUGUUUUCUUAGUCCUUUUUGGCCUCUCUAUAAAGUAUAGAUCUUGGUUAAUGCUACAUUGAUAGUUUAUAACUAGAAAGCUAUAUAUCAGAAAAAGAUUAACAGGAUUUGUUAAAAGUAAUUUAAUGUCUCCCUUAUUUAAAAUCUUUUUAGUGUUAAGGACUCAUUUUAGACACAAAAGAAAAAAUAGAACUUUUAAAUAACAUUUUAAGAAAAAUUACUUGUGCAAAGAUAGUGAUUCUUUAAUUACCAGAUAAUUUUGAUUUUUUAUUUGAGUUUCAGAAUAUUAAAUUCCUUGAAAUUCACAUCGGUAUUGGAAAAUAAAAGUUAACCAACAGAAAACUUGAAAACUUUUUCAAAUCUCUUUCUACUUCUAAAAAUCUGAAAUACCUUAAAUUUAGAUUUUUCUUAUCCAUCAAAAAGAAAAAAAAUUUGAAGAAAAAAGAAGACAAUCAUGAAUAAGAACAUGAUAACUAAAACGAAGAUGAUGAAAUCGAAGAAUAAUAAAAUUAAAAUAAUGAGGAUUGUGAUAAUUAAAACGAUAAUGAAGAAGAAGAAGAUAAUGAGGAAGAUGAUUAUGAAAAAGAAGAAGACGAAGACGAAUAAAAUUAAAAUAUUGAUAGCGAUGAUGAUGAAAUUUACUUUGGUAGAAGAAAAAGUAGUCGUCGCUCAAGAAAUUAUAGAGUUAAUUAUGAUGAUGAUGAAGAAGAAGAAGAAUAGGUAUUAUGUGAUGAUGAAAUAAAUUUUUAGUAAUCAUACAAGUUUUUUAAUUAUCUUAAUCACCUUGAAGAUUUGUAAGAUGUACAUUUUGAAUUAGAAUUAAGCUAAAAAUUAGCAGAAAGUUUGACUUCGUUUUUAAAACAAAGUAAAAAUUAAAAAAAAUUUUUCUUAAAAUCAAACGAAGAUUUUACUGAUAAUACAUAUUAUCAAGCUUUUCUUUAAGAAUUCUAAUCAUUAAAUUCUGCCAAAGUAGAUUUCAAAAAUAUUUAUGAAAUAAUUGGCAAUAAGAAAAAUUUGUAGAAUUUUCAUUUAAAACUAAGAAAUUAUUCAAUUUAAUACCAGCAAUAAGGUGAAAAAGAUAACAAUUAUGUUCUAAAUAUUUAAUAAGAAAGCUUACCAUUAAACAAUAUUGGUUUUAAUCCUAUUGUUUUUUAAUUACCUAAUUUGGUAGAGUUCUGCUAUAAAACUUCAAACAAAAAUAUAGAUUGCUACUAAUAAUUAAGUUAUCUUCUAUCAUCCCUAUAAAAAUCUGAAAAUUUAUAAAAAAUUGAUCUUUUAAUCAAUAAUGAGUAUUCAGAUGAUUAUUAAAAUCGAUAAAAAAAAUAAAGCGAAAUUGAAGAUAUAAAAAGAAAAAAUUUUAAUUCCAAAAUACACACAUUAUUUUCUAGUCUGAAUGAUUUAAGCCAACUUUACACAAUUAAACUAUCAAUAGAAUUAGAUGAGAUACUUUUAAAUUCUUUGAGUAAUUUUAUCUAAGGUAAUAAAAAUUUAAAAUAUUUAUACUUGGAAGGAGCAAAUUCUUAUUGGCAUGCGUCAAGUGUAAACUUGAAAGGAUUUGCUAAAUUGAUUUGGUCCUUAGGUAAAUCUUAGUCACUCAAACUUAUUUCUUUUAACAAAAUUUUCGAUUUUUAUGGAAUAAAUUAGACGUAACAAUAAUUGUUAUAGGACGAAAUUGUUAUUCCUUUAGCUAAACUUAUAGAAAAUAAAGAUAGAAAUUUGACAACUAUUGAAUUACUUUAAGAAUUAAAAGAAGAUUAAAUUGAAAUAAUUUUAAAUUCUCUUUUAGCAAGCAUAUCACCCAUAAAUAUCAAGUUUAAUUAUAGAAUAACAAAUUCAAUUAGAGAAUCUGAAAAUCUUUAAAAACUUUAUGAUUAAUACAAAGAUAAAAACAAAGAAAAAAAUAUUUUGGACAGAAAUAGGAAUAAUUGGUGUGAUUAUGAUGAUGAUGAAAAUUAUUGGUGA